UAUUGGAUUGCCUUAUAUGAACUGCAUUCCAUUCCGGUUAUGUUUUGUGUUUAAGACCUCAACUUUGGGAGUAAUUCAGUCAAUUCUUGUUGUCAAUUCUUCGGGAAUACUAUUAUACUUCAGUCAAUUCUUGUGAUUUGUGAUUCAAGCAAGUGAACAUGUCACAGAGAACUCCGUACCAAGGCAAAAGUCGUGUGUGGGGUGAAUUCAGGUGUACCGAGUGUAGUCACUACUGGGCCAGUGGAAACUCGUGGGCCAACUGUGGGCAGAAGUGUAAGACCUGUGACAUUAUGGUCUAUCCCUUCCAUCAGCGACCUCUCGACAAGCCAGGCAGUGACGAUGAGAACUAUGACUCUGGGGCACCUCAUCGCUCUGACUUGUGUGAGAAGUGCAAGCAGCUGGGUCGGAACUGCAGGGGAGGUUGGUAGAAUGCAGGAGCAGAUGAACUGAACUGAUAUUAUA